AUGGCACCUAGAGAUUUGAGACCUUCUGUCGAGUUUAUCAAUGUUCCAGGGUGGGAUGCGUCGCCCCUUUACCAUCAUUCUGCAACGGCCACAGCAGCAGGGCGCCUGGUCUUUACCUCUGGCGUUGUCGGAGCCAAAGAUGGUCAAAUUGUCAAAGAACUCGGACCGCAAGUCAAGCAGGCUUUCGAGAAUCUGGCCUCCACUCUAGCCGCUUCAGGUGCGCGACUGGUCGACGUCCUCCAUCUGAGAUUCUACGUGGUCAACUGGCGAUGGACCGAGACGGAAACUCUUGUCAAGGAAUGGAUGGAUCUCGUAGGACAUAAACCUCCCACGGCCCUGGUGCCGGUCCCCAAACUGUUUGAAGACGGGGUAUUCUUAGAAAUGGAGGCCGUGGCAGCCAUUGGAGGCUGCCAGAAGACGUGGAGUAAGCCCGGGCCUUCCGACUUGGGCCUUCAGGCACCACCAACCAAAAUAGACGUUAUCGUUGUCGGUGGCGGAUUCAGUGGCGUCCAGGCCGCCUAUGACUUGCACAAGAGUGGCUUGGGAGUCAUUAUCCUGGAAGCGACUCAUCGUAUCGGUGGACGGAGCAAAACCAUCAAGCUCGCAAGCGGCCCGGGCUACACUGAGCUCGGAGCGACGUGGAUCAACAAGACUACACAGCCCAAGAUAUACGCUCAUACCCUACGGCUUGGACUGACGUUGAUCGAACAAUACAAUCCGCCGAAUGCCCUUGGAGUCUUUCAGAAGAGGGAUGGCGUUGUGGCACGUGCAAAGGUAUCGGAUCCAGCUUAUUCAGGUCCAGAGUUUUCCAAAGAGGAGACAGAGUCGGUCAAUAAAUUCCUGGAAGCGUUCCAAUGGGAACUGAGCGAGAAUCCAGACAUUGAUAUCAAUAAUAGCAGCAGCUAUCCCACGGGGGAAGAUCUCACUGUGGAAGAGUGGGCGAAAACGCGCCAACUGGGCCAGAUGGGCGAGCAGGCUGCUGCUGCGUUGUGCCGUGCCAACGUGGGUAGAGAGGCCUACGAGGUGGGGAUUCAUUACUGGGUCGACUAUGUGAAGUCUGUGGGAGGCCUGCUCUCGCUGAUCUCAGAUGAUGAAGCAGGAGCUCAAAACCUGUUCAUCAAAGAAGGGACUUCUGCAAUUGCCCAAGGUCUUGCUGCCGAACUGAAGCCUGGUUCGGUCUUGGUGAACAGCGCAGUCGAUGAGAUCAAUCAACAUGGGGAUCAAGUGUUGCUUACCACUGUCAGCGGGUCUCGAUUUCUGGCUAAGAAAGUCAUCAUGGCGAAUCCCACCAACACCUACACCAAAAUCAAGUUCACUCCUCCGCUUCCACACGCCAAACGUGCGUUGGUGACCCAGACUCAGCCAGGAUUUUAUGCCAAGGCUUGCAUCACAUAUGCGAAGCCGUGGUGGAGAGAAUUAGGUCUCUUGGGCAAGUUCAGGAGCUAUCAUGGCCCGAUCUGCUUUUCCUGGGAGUUGUCGGUUUUUGAUCUCGAGGCGUACACGCUGGCAUUGUUCAUUGCUGGUAAAGCUGCUGAGGAUUGGUACAAAUUGACCCCCAUUGCCCGUGAACAAGCCGUUUUCGAUCAUCUGCGUCAGUUCCUCGAGCCAGAACAGAGACAUCUUGUCGAUAAUGUUCUCGAGUUUAACGUAGGAACAUGGUGCGAAGAGGAAUGGAUGGGUGGAGCCCCAACAUCUGCAAUGCCUCCAGGGUUGUUGUCUCGAUAUGGCGAAGAGCUUCGUGCUCCAUGGAAAAAUAUUCACUUCGCUGGUGGUGAAACUGCGAGAGAGUGGAAGGGCUACCUUGAAGGUGCAUUGAGGGCGGGAAGUCGUGCAGCUGACGAGGUCAUCUCCAUCAUGGGCUCGAAAGGGAAGCUCUAA